AUGGAUGAAGAAGACAGGAUUGAAGAAGGAAGCAGUAACAACAGCUUACGACGUGUUGGUACCGGAAGCAGCGACCGGAGAUGGGUCGACGGAAGCGAGGUGGACUCCGAAACGCUGCCGUUUUCGGAGUCCAGAGAUGGAGACUAUAGUUUUGGGAAUCUGAGGAGGAGACUAAUGAAAAAGCCCAAAAGAGCUGAUUCUCUCGAUGUUGAAGCCAUGGAGAUUGCAGGUGCUCAUGGCCAUGAUCUCAAGGAUCUCUCUCUUAUGGGUACAAUUGGGAUAGCGUUUCAGACGUUAGGUGUUGUGUAUGGUGACAUGGGGACAAGCCCUUUGUAUGUUUUCGGUGAUGUCUUCAGUAAAGUUCCAAUAAGAUCAGAAGUUGAUGUUCUUGGUGCCUUGUCUCUCGUCAUCUACACUAUCGCUGUGAUUCCUUUAGCAAAGUAUGUCUUUGUAGUCCUUAAAGCCAACGACAAUGGCGAAGGAGGAACAUUUGCUCUGUAUUCGCUGAUUUGUAGGUAUGCAAAGGUGAAUAAGCUGCCAAAUCAACAACCUGCAGAUGAGCAGAUCUCGAGUUUUAGGCUUAAACUCCCAACUCCUGAGCUGGAACGAGCUCUGGGUAUUAAAGAAGCUUUGGAGACAAAAGGGUAUUUGAAAACUCUUCUUCUACUUUUAGUCCUAAUGGGAACUUCAAUGAUUAUUGGCGAUGGGAUCCUGACACCAGCUAUGUCAGUGAUGUCUGCAAUGAGUGGUUUACAAGGUCAAGUUGAAGGAUUUGGAACAAAUGCAUUGGUAUCGUCUUCGAUUGCGAUUCUUGUGGUUUUGUUCAGCAUACAACGGUUUGGAACGGGUAAAGUUGGUUUCCUCUUUGCUCCGGUUCUGGCGCUCUGGUUCUUCUCUCUCGGUUCUAUCGGAAUCUAUAACCUGGUGAAGUACGACAUCACAGUCAUAAGAGCACUAAACCCUUAUUACAUCGUUCUGUUCUUUAACAAGAAUAGCAAACACGCUUGGUCUGCUCUUGGUGGAUGUGUCUUAUGCAUUACAGCUGCUUAUCUAACACAGCAUCCCAAUGCCUCUGCUCGUAUAUUCUAUGAUUCAGUUCCAGAGAGUUUGUUCUGGCCGGUGUUUGUGAUCGCGACAUUAGCAGCAAUGAUAGCGAGCCAAGCUAUGAUCUCUGCGACAUUCUCAUGCGUCAAACAAGCCAUGGCUCUAGGUUGCUUCCCGAGGCUGAAGAUUAUCCACACUUCUAAGAAACGGAUGGGUCAAAUCUACAUCCCUGUGAUCAAUUGGUUCUUAAUGAUCAUGUGCAUACUCGUUGUCUCAAUCUUCAGAAGCACAACCCACAUCGCCAAUGCUUAUGGCAUAGCAGAGGUAGGUGUGAUGAUGGUGAGCACAGUGUUGGUAACACUAGUGAUGCUUCUCAUUUGGCAAACCAAUCUGUUUCUCGCUCUUUGUUUCCCGCUUGUGUUCGGAUCAGUCGAGACCAUUUACUUGCUUGCGGUUCUCACAAAGAUCUUAGAAGGAGGAUGGGUUCCUCUUGUAUUCGCCGCUUUCUUCCUCACCGUAAUGUACAUUUGGAACUACGGAAGUGUCCUCAAGUACCAAAGCGAGGUCAGAGAAAGAAUCUCCAUGGAAUUUAUGCGUGAGCUUGGUUCAACUCUUGGAACAAUUCGACUCCCUGGGAUUGGACUACUCUACAACGAGCUUGUUCAAGGCAUACCUUCCAUUUUCGGACAGUUCUUGCUCACUCUUCCAGCGAUUCACUCGACUAUCAUCUUUGUCUGCAUCAAAUAUGUUCCUGUUCCUGUUGUUCCUCAAGAAGAGAGGUUCCUCUUUAGACGAGUUUGUCCUAAGGACUAUCAUAUGUUCAGGUGCAUAGCGAGGUACGGUUACAAAGAUGUUAGAAAAGAAGACUCUAGAGUCUUUGAACAGCUUCUUAUUGAGAGUCUAGAGAAGUUCUUGAGAUGUGAAGCGUUGGAGGAUGCUUUAGAGAGCACUAUGAACGAUUUUGAUCCUGAUAUGGUUUCCAUUGCAAGUGAUACGUACACAGACGACAUCACGGUCCCUCUCAUUCACCGUGGAAAGCGGUCUGAGCCAGAGCAAGAGUUUGAUUCGGAUGUCUUGCCGUCUUCAAGCGUAGGAUCGUCUAUGGAGGAAGAUCCAGCUCUUGAAUAUGAGCUUGCGGCUUUGAGAGAAGCCACUGACUCGGGCUUAACGUAUUUGCUGGCUCAUGGAGAUGUAAGGGCGAAGAAGAAUUCGAUUUUUGUGAAGAAGCUUGUGAUUAAUUACUUCUACGCGUUUCUGAGGAGGAAUUGCAGAGCUGGAGCUGCGAAUCUGACUGUUCCUCAUAUGAACAUCUUGCAAGCUGGGAUGACUUAUAUGGUAUAA